CCUGUUUGGACCAUAGAGAUGGAAGGAAUUCCCCCGAAAGCAAGCUGUAAAUAUGCCCUUCUUCAAGAUGGCGGAGUUCCCACUUCAUUAAUGAAUUUGGGUGAGGUACAAUGCCACAAACAUACUCAUGAUGUUCAAUUCCAAUAGAGCAUUAGGGGAAGGAGAUUUGAGAAAAUUACUGAAGAUUUAUCGCACAGAGAUUUCGAUGGCAGUCGAUGAUGUCUUCCCAUUACUUCAUGGGCUUGCUGAUCAUGAAAUUGUCACUGAAGAGAUGUUCAAGGACACUCUCCACCUGAAGGAAACUGAAGGUUGCCACAGGGCUUUUUAUACUAUGUUGACAUGGUUGCUAAAUCAGGAUUUAUCUUCCAUAGAAGAUUUCUGGAGAGUCCUUUUCAAAGAGUACAACUUGGAGAGGUAUUCCAAGCUUCAGUCCAUUUGGAGCAGCUUUCCUAAAGAUAUGGAUUUCGGCAAGCAUCGCAAAACAAAGAAAGUUGCCAUUAGUCCAAAGACUGUGACUCAGCACAAAUCACAAGGAAAGAGAAAGAUAGAAGACCCUUUGCAAUUAACUCAGCCUUCAGGGAAAAUUGAUCUGCACUUUGGGUCCCUUCCUAAAACAAAAACAGUGAAGAAAUCAGAAAAUGCUGAGGUACAACAAUACCCUCUUCCAAGUGGCAAUGCUAAGAAAUUUGUUAAAGUUGGGGAUGAAUGUUAUACAUCAAGCACAUCGGAAGAACUUGGAGAAAAUAAAGCUUAUGAAAAGAAGCCCAGCACGAAUAACAAAGAACCCCAGAAGAACGAUGAUGAAUGUGCCAUCUGUAGGGAUGGUGGAGAGCUGAUCUGUUGUGAUGGAUGCCCUAAGGCCUUUCAUCUUGGUUGCCUUAUACCACCAUUGACAGAAAUUCCAAGUGGGACAUGGAGGUGUGAUUCCUGCUCACCUGGGAAAGCCAAAGAGGACAGGGGCACUGAAGAGGAGAAGAAUAGAGAGUCCUUUACUCAAAGUCAGGGUGCUGUUUAUGUCCAGAGAACAAUUGAAGAUGGGAGGAGAGUUCUUAUCAAAGAACCUCUGUGUGCCUCUUUCAGGCAGCCACUGCCAUCUUUGCUCUCUAUGUCCGUGGCAGCUCCAUCCACAGUACAGAAUGCUGGAACAGAGAAACAACUGAAACUAACCAUUGGUGACAAAUGCGGUAUAUGCCGGAAAGGAGGAGAUGUGAUCUACUGCAAUAAAUGUUUCAGGGCUUUCCACUGGCGCUGCCAUUUUCCUGCCCACACAGAUGAAAUCAGUGGAAUCCUGAUAUGUAAGUCCUGUUUUGACAACUCUACAGUUGUCAGCUUGGAAGGAGACGCUCACUCCAGUGCUCAAACACUACGAGCAGUAAAGGUGCUAGAAGAUUCUGCUGGAACUGAACCUGCAUUGAACAAAGAUGAUUUGGAUUCACUCUUAGGGGAGAAUACAUUUGAUGGGAUUUUGCAUUGGGCAUUCCAGAGCAUGCCUCGUUCAUUAUCAGGCACACAAGGAUUUUUCUCAUAAUAGUCUUGGUGGCAUUAUUUUUCAAUAUCUAGUUCCAUUGCUACGGUUCAGUAACAUGAGAUAUAAUCUCAUUACAAUUCAACACUAUGUUCAAAAUACGUUUUUUAUGUUUUAUAUAUAUUAAUGUCAUAUUUAUACCAAUAUGAUUGUUCCUUUAAAUGUGGUGAUUUUUAGUUGUCAGAAUGUAGUGAUAGUGUUUAUUUAGUAAACACUGUUUACAGUUACAAUGAUGAUGAAAAAGUAUCUUCAGACCAAUCUUUGCGUUUACAACCUUCAUGGACUUGUAAAGCAAAAAAAGAAAGAAAGAAAGAAAGAAAGAAAGAAAGAAAGAAAGAAAGAAAGAAAGCUGAAGUAACAUCAUAAGCACAGCUGUGAUUUCAUUUAGUGACAGCUUUGCUUAACCACCAAGUUCCAAUUGUAGUAACUAAACUAGAACUUCAUGCUUAUUGUUAAUUUGUAACUGAACAGGUCAACAAAUUAAUUUUUCUAUUAAUCUGUCACAACUGUUGGUAUGAUAGUAGUAUCAUAGUAAAACAUUCAGAAAAUCUGCAAUUGGUGGUGGAGUUCCCAGGGACUUAAUUUGCCUUCUGUGGGAGAAAAGUUGGAGACAGCUCAGGAAUUCCUAAUGACUAUGAGAGGCAUGGACCUGUUCCGGGUAUAAGGGCUCAACACAUUGUCACUUUAGAUGAGGUUUUUAUCUUGGGACAGCCAAUGUGAUCUAUAACUUUGGGCGAUUAAUAUUAUGUUUUGCCAUGGCCAAAAAACUUGCAUACUAUAAAGUGACGUCUAAAUUUCUGAAUGUUUUAUUAUUAUUCUAUCAUGCCAUAACUUGAUAAGGAAGAUCUGGUGCCAUACCACUCAUGAAAUAAAUAGACAUGCAUUCAGGACUUUGGAACAGAUGGGCUGUAAUGUACCCUAAAAUUGCCAGUUUUUCUAGUACUGCUCCUAUGUCUAAUAUAAAGAAUUAAACAAAUUAAGCUUUUGCUUUCAUCUUUCUCUAUGCUUUAAAAUAAUAAUCUCAUUACACACUCAAUUAAUAAAGCAUAUAAGGGAGUCCGGGAGCUCUUAUUUCAUUAUUAUUUGUAUACUUCAUCUUGCUAUUGUUACAACAUUUUGAAAAGACAGUACACUAGUUUUGAUAAAUAGAGAGGGAAAUGAGCAGUUAUGAAAUAUGAAAUAUAAAUAAAUAAUCUUACUAUUCUGGGGGAAAAAACACCUACUGCAUAAUUAAUACAAAACUUCAGGUCCUUGUGCCAUGAGGUAUAUUUUCAGCAACAGCUGCAUUCUUUAGUUUGAGUUGGUGCAAAUAGCAAUAGCGAAUGACAACUCAUAGUAAAUCUCAACUCUGUAGUCAUGUGGAAAUACAUCAAAGGUUUUGAGGUUCUCUGAAUAUUUUUUUCCAUUUCUGAAAAGUUGAAUGUAAAAUUAUCAGUUUCAUUCACCUUUGUAACUCUUGCACAC